GAGAGAGAGAGAGAGAGAGAGAGAGAGGGAGUCCAUUACGUUCGUAUACGUCGGUGUGUCCUCCUCCGUGCGAUCGGCACGGAAAGGGAGAUAUAAAUACGGGGCUCGACUCCUGCGACUCGUCCACUACGUCCGCGAGUACAUCCGGUGGCUGUAUACCCUGCAUCUACGCGGCUCAUAUACCGAUCACGCGCGCCGAGACCAGUGCCGGUGUAUACUUAUACGCACUUCAACUUGCGAUCCGUAGGUAUAACGACUAAGCUCUCUUUAUCCCGUCUCACGGCGCAAAGUCAAUAUAAUAUAUACGGUUGUGCAUACACGUAUAAUACACGCCGAUCGUUGGUCAACUUGGCUUUGCCGACACCGAUUUCUCCACCAUCAGUGGUAAGGAGAUCAGAGCAAACAGCGCAAAGAUGCCAGUCUCCAGGAACACGUGCUGCUUAACCCUCGUUGUACUCCUCGUCCUCUUGCUUCGUGACGCGCUCACACUCUCGAUUGGACGUCCUUACCCUACCAUAAUCGAACGCUCCGAGCAGAGGUCAGAGUGCGAGAGCUGCGCUGGCGAGUGCGACAAGUGCAAGUACGGCCACGCGUUUUCGAGAUUCUGUGGCGUAGAAGAGUGCCUCAAGGGUCCCGGCGAAUCGUGCGGUGGCAUGCGCAACAAGUACGGCGAAUGCGGUGACGGAAUGUAUUGCCGGUGCAACAAGUGCAACGGCUGCAGCAGCGACACCCUCGAGUGCCACUCGGUCGUCUGUCCGAUCUACGAGACAAGGUCGGGCCAUCCCGUCGCACAUACCAACAGCCUCAUGUUGCUCGACAAAUAAUGCGACGCGCACAUACGAUAGGUGUUUUCUUUUUCCUUUUUUUUUUUUUUUUUUUUUUUUUUUUUUUUUUUUUUUUUCCUCUCAAAGGAAUAGAAAAAUCAUCGCGCGUAUGUAGGUCACUUGCGGGACUCUUGGGUUUUAUUACCAUGUGAUUCUCCAUUCCAUGCGCGAGACGUUGCGUCUCACGCGCUCUAGGUUAUCAUUUUGUUAUUUUGAACGACUAUUGUGAUAGGCCGGACUGCAGGGUUUUCAUUUUUUUACUUUAAUUUUCUAUUGGCCAUCUCGUUGGCGGGUAUGUGUUGGCCAUCAGUUUACGAUAACAUAAUAUCAAUGAUCUCCGAGAACUUGGCAUUUAUAUGAAUGAUUUUUUUUAAUUUUUUAAUUUUUUUUUUUUUUUUUUUUUCUAUUACAUCAUGGUGAAUGAGUUUUAGGAAAAGUAUAUUUAGUUUAAGUAUAUAUUUUUGUGCAGACAAAGGUUAGGCAUUUUUACUGGCUGUGAAAAGGAAAACGGAGGAAAGAAAAAAAAAAUAAAAAUCAUGUACAUUAUUAUCAUUUUCGAGCACUCGGCUGUAAUUGUGAGGAAAAAAUAUAACGUCGUUGAGCAAUGUAUUAUUUGUCCGAUGUUUUUGUUUACUGGGACGAAAAACAGCGUCGCGUUGAGCCAGUGAGACAUUUUUUCUCGUUGACAGUAUUUUAAUUAUCUAGUCAAUCAAUGUGCAUUUAAUCAAUCAAAUAUAUCGCGUUUGAUUAAACUAAAUAUUUUUCAUUCGCUUAUACUAUACACAUGAUUCCCAAGAUUUUUGUCUAUCGAAGAUGAGUUAGUCUGUAUACUGUGUAUUGUACAGUAUACAAAUAUACGUAUAAACUUACAUUCUUCAUUUAAGGACAAGAAUAUAGUGUAAUAACCAAUAAUUAUGGAUUCCGAAUUAUACAUAUUUAUAUUUCUGAGUAGGAAAUGAUAGAAGAUACAGCCAAGAAAUAUUAAAAUAAAUCAACUUAAAAAAACUGUCAAAAU